AUGAGCGCCCCUAUUGCUGGGCAGGAGGGCUGGAGCCUCUCCUCCCUGCUCGUGGCGCAGCCCCUGGACAUACAGUUGUUCUUCAUCGUCCACUAUCAGGGCGACUUCAUCAAGUACGGCGAAUGGGCCAAGGUCGCUCCGUGCGACACGGAGAACGGCCGGCGCCACUGGGUACACACCGUCAUGAACGCCCACUUCGCCCUCUGCCUCAUCCGGGCGAACGAGUGGGCGAAGCUCAUGCGCUUUGAAAACAACCUCGUCGUCCGAGCGCUCCACCACAUCAAGGCCCACGUGCUCGCCGGAAUACAGAGCCCGCUGCCCGCGAUGAGCCCGGCGUUCGCGGCGGCGGUGCCGGCUCUGCCUGGCGGGUUGGCCUGGCAGCCUCCAGGCCCCGGGGCGCCGCCCGGACCGAGCAGCAAGCCGCUCCCCGCGGACGGGCAGACGCCCGAGGACACCCGCCGGCCCUCGGCGGGCGCCCCGGCCUUCGAGCGCGGGCCCGCGGAGGCAAUAGACCCCACCGCGGGGCAGCAGUUGCACCUGCUGUCUCGGCUCCUGGACCCGCAGGCCGCGCCGGCGGAGGGCGGCCCGAAGGCGGCGCUGGGCGCGGCGGGCCCGUCGCAGCCGGCCGGCGACCCCACGAUCGAGGACCUCGCCGCGAGCGUGCGGCAGCUGUCGGUGGGCGCAGCGGACGCGGCCGCGCAGCCCGCGGGCGCCCCGCCGCUUCCGCAGCCACAGGCGACGUACCAGUACCACCAGGGCCGGCAGCCCGCCGGCGUCGGGGCGCUCGCACCGGACGGAGCGACCCCCGGCGCGGGCGCGGGCGUGACGGCGCAGGCGCUGGCGCCCGCGCAGCUGCUCGUGCACUUCGACUCGUUCCUCGCCGAGAUCCGCGAGCGCUCGUACUACGACGGGCUCUCCACGGAGUUCCUCCACCUCAUCUACGGCCUCGUCGCGCAGGUGUGGUGCGACCUCACCACGCCGGUGUGCCUCCACUACCUCUCCCAGGCGUCCGCCGCGCAGCCGCGCGGACAGCGCCGGACGCGGAGGCGCGCGCGGCCCGCGGACCAGGCGUCCUGGCCCGGCGGCGGGCCGUCGGGCGCGCCCGGGCCGGCAGGGCAGGCGCCGCCAAUGGGCGCGCCGCAGGGCGGCAUGGGCAUGGGCGCGCGCGGGAACCCGGGCCUGUACGGCGGCGGCGUGGCGCCGAUGGGCAUGAUGAUGCCCGGCAUGCUGCCCCAGGUCAUCAAUAUACCGGCAGCGCAGAUGAUGCCGGGCGCGCAGGUGCCGCAGCCCUGGAUGGCGUCGCUGCCGCCCGGGUCGUACCCGGCGCCCAGCGCCCCGGCGAUGACCUACGGAAUGGUGCCCCACCCGCACGCGAGCGUGCCGUUCCAGCCCGUCGCGCAGGACGUCUCGGGCGGCUGGGCGCCCACCCCACAGGGCCUGGCGGCCGUCUCGACCGCGCAGUACCCGCCCGCGUCAGGCGGGAUCCCCCCCCCAGGAGGCGGCGCAUCGCCAGGCGGAGGUGUUUGA